GUAGUGCGUCUGGAGUACCGAAAUUUCCUAGAGAGGUACACGUGCUACGAGCUCAUCCCAGAAUCGUCCAAGAUGAUUGUCUUCGAUAGCCAGCUGCUGGUCAGGAAAGCCUUCUUCGCUCUCCUCAAAAACGAAAUCCGCUCGGCUCCUGUUUGGGACCAUAAAGUACAAUCGUUCGUUGGCAUGGUAACCGUGACCGACUAUAUAAACAUCCUGCGCAAGUACCACGAUGAACCAGAAGAGCUUGGACGCCAACUAGACACAAAUAAGAUCCAGGAUUGGAGAGAAAACCUGGGCCUGUCACCUCGCAUGAUCAAUAUCGGACCGAAGGACGACCUAUACGUAGCUGUCAGCACGCUCCUGUCCAACAAAAUUCAUCGGUUACCUGUGCUUGAUCGACAAACGGGCAAUCCUCUGUUCAUCAUCACACACAAACGUGUCCUUUCAUUCAUUCACCAACAUUUUGCCGCCAGCGGUUUGGCUGCUUUGGAUUUCACCCUGGAAGAGCUGAACCUUGGCUCAAUAAGGAGAUGCGGAGAGGUACACACAGCAACCAUGGAGACGAAGUUGUUAGAUAUUCUGAAUACAUUCGUGGAGAAGGGCGUCUCCGCCGUGCCCAUAGUCAACAGUGAAGAUGUCGUCACCGGAGUCUACGCCAAGUUUGAUGUCAUCACCCUGGCACGCGAGCGUACAUACAACGAUCUGAAUGUGCCGCUGAGCAAGGCGCUGGAGACGUCCGCACACACCCAGAAAUCCGAGAAGGAUGGUGUACACACCUGCUCACUCAAGGACUCGUUCCGUAGUGUGAUCGACAAAAUCGUGCGUGCGCGAGUGCACCGUCUGAUAGUCACAGACGACGACAAGCGACCGGUGGGUAUAGUAUCACUAUCUGAUAUCCUGGCGUAUCUUCUGGGCACGGAGGUUUCCAAGAAUGUAACUUAGGAACCACCUGUGUGUAUCAGAACAGGUCUACCAAGCCAACGUAGUGGUGACCUGCAUUACCUAAUAAACCCCCGUAUGGUCUCUCAUGACGGAC